AACCCUCCGGCUGUGACGUGUUACCUUUGACCCCGGAAGUCCCCCACGUGUUGUCGGCUGCAUGGUGUGAUGGAGGAGAGCAGCAGCAGCAGCAGCAGCAGCACGAGGAGGAGCAACCAGAGACAGGAGAUGGAGAAAGUCCUCGAGAAGAAGAGUGUGAAGAAGCGGAGUAAAGAGGAGGAAGAAGAGGAGCAGGACGAGGUUUUCAACUUCAGCAACAAAUCUACUGUGGAGGAGAAGGAAGAUGAUCUGUCAGACAGCGAGGACAGUGUCUUCUCAGGACUGGAGGAUUCUGGGAGUGACAGUGCGGAUGAUGAAGACGAUGAGGAGGAAGAGGACGGAUCAGAUGAUGAUGAAGAAGACAAGGAUGACGACGAUGAUGAAGAUCCGAAGGUGGAGCCAGAGCAGACUCAGCAGCUAGAGUUUAACAUAGACGAGGAGAAGAAGGAGAAGAAGGAGAAGAAGGUGGAAGCAGUGACAGAAAGAGAAGCAGAAAAAAAGGAAGACGAGUACAAACACGACUCUUCAGAUGAGGAGGACAUCAGGAACACGGUGGGGAACAUCCCCAUGGAGUGGUACAAAGACUUCCCUCACAUCGGUUACAACCUGGACGGGAAGAAGAUCUACAAACCAAUCAGGAACAAGGACGAGCUCGACGAAUUCCUGGACAAAAUGGAGAACCCGGAGUACUGGAGAACGGUCCACGACAAGCAGACAGCAAGUGACAUCGUGCUGUCGGACGAGCAGGUGGAGCUGGUCAAUCGCCUGCAGAGAGGACAGUUUGGAGACGUCAACUUCAACGAGUACCAGCCUCAGGUGGAGUUCUUCAGUCGGGACGUGAUGAUCCACCCGGUCACCAACCGACCAGCAGACAAGCGCAGCUUCAUCCCAUCGCUCAUUGAGAAGGAGAAGGUGUCUAAACUGGUCCACGCUAUAAAGAUGGGUUGGAUCAAACCUCGGCGGGCGGAGGACAAAAGCCUGGGGCGCUACUACGACCUCUGGGCCAAUGAGGACUCUUCCAUUCUGGCAAGACACAAGAUGCACCUGCCCGCCCCCAAAACCCCUCUACCUGGUCACCAGGAGUCCUACAACCCCCCACCCGAGUACCUGUUCACCGACGAGGAGCGAGCUCUAUGGGAGCAGCAGGAUGCGUCAGACAGGAAGUUGCCGUUUGUUCCCAGGAAGUUCUCGAACCUCCGUCAGGUUCCUGCGUUUCCUCGUUUCAUCCACGAGAGGUUCGAGCGCUGCCUUGACCUCUAUCUGUGUCCCCGCCAGAGGAAGAUGAGGGUGAAUGUGAAUCCAGAGGAUCUGAUUCCUAAACUUCCCAAACCAAAAGACCUGCAGCCGUUCCCAACGACACAGUCUCUGGUGUAUCGAGGUCACAGCGGUCUUGUUCGAUCCAUCAGUGUGUCUCCGUCAGGACAGUGGCUCGCCUCAGGAAGUGAUGAUGGUUCCGUGAGGUUCUGGGAGGUGUGUUCAUCUCGCUGUGUGAAGACUGUCCAGGUGGGCGGAGCUGUGAAGAGCGUCGCCUGGAACCCAAAUCCAUCUUUCUGUCUGCUGGCUGUCGCCCUGGACUCGGUGGUGUUGAUCCUGUCUCCCUCUCUGGCAGACAAACAGGUUGUCUUGUCGUCAGAGCGACUCCUCUCGGGUCAGCAGGAGGCGGAGUCUACGGAGGGGGCUGGGCCUGUCACCUGGAGUGAUGUGGAGGGGGAGGAGCUUAACCAGGGGAUCCGCCUCAAAAUACAACACCCUAAAGCUGUCCACCAGGUGGCGUGGCACGCUAAAGGAGACUACCUGGCGUCGGUGAUGCCGGAUCACUCGAGCCACCUGCAGGUGUUCAUUCACCAAGUGAGCCGGAGGCGCAGCCAGAACCCCUUCAGGAAGAACAAAGGUCUGGUUCAGUGCGUAUCCUUCCACCCCGUCAGGCCCUACUUCUUCGUUGGGACGCAGCGCUCCGUCCGGAUCUACAACCUGGUGAAACAGGAAAUGACCAAAAAACUACAGGCCAACUCCAAGUGGAUCUCCAGCAUGGCAGUCCACCCCGGGGGUGAUCAUGUGAUCUGUGGGAGUUACGACUGCAGGCUGAGCUGGUUCGACCUCGACCUCUCAACCAAACCUUACAAGAUGUUACGACACCAUAAGAAAGCAGUGAGGGGCGUGGCCUAUCAUCGACUUUACCCGCUGUUCGCCUCGGCGUCCGACGAUGGAUCCGUCAUCGUCUGUCACGGGACUGUUUACAAUGACCUGCUGCAGAACCCGUUAAUCGUCCCGGUAAAGGUUCUCCGAGGUCAUGUGAUCACUCAUGACCUUGGCGUUCUGGAUGUGACCUUUCACCCCACUCAGCCCUGGGUCUUUUCCUCCGGAGCCGAUGCUACUAUCCGCCUCUUCACCUAGCAACCUACCAGCCGUCUGGGUCGUCAUCCAACCAACGAGCCAACCCGCCGUCUGGGUCGUCACCCAACCAACGAACCAACCCGCCGUCUGGGUCGCCAUCCAACUAACGAACCAACCCGCCGUCUGGGUCAUCAUCCAACCAAUGAACCAACAUGGCGUCUGGGUCGUCAUCCAACCAACGAACCAACAUGGUGUCUGGGUCGUCAUCCAACCAACGAACCAACAUGGCGUCUGGGUCGUCAUCCAACCAACGAACCAACAUGGCGUCUGGGUCAUCAUCCAACCAGCGAACCUACCCGCUGUCUGGGGCGUCAUCGCACCAACAAACCAACCACGAACUGACUUGUUUUUAAAUAAACUGAAACUUUCUUACCUGUUUGUUACUAUGGUGAUUAUACUUCCUGUCAGUAAUUAAAUGUUUAAAUUACUCAUCACGUUUUAGUUUCUUCAUACUGAUCCCUACAUUGUUGACGCUACAAAAAGAAAAUAACUUUUUUAUUUCUCUUCAGACUAUUUUCUUUAUAUUGAAACAUUUCAAUAAAGUUAUUUGAAGUA